CUUCAACACCACCGUCAACACCUUUCUCAGUCUUCCGCUUUCCGCUCUCCACCUUCACUCGCCCCGAAGCAGAGACUCUUGUCCUGCCUGGCCCAGGGAGCUUUGCCUGCGUCUAUUGAACCCCUCCCUCCCCCGUCUCGCAUCGCAUUGCACCGCACGCGGUCGCGUUUUGCGUCAUUCAUUCGAUUACCCCGGCGCACAGGAGCCAGGCGCCCCUUCGGCUCAGUGGGCCUGUCUCGAAGCGCUCCCGCCCUGCUCCCAGGCAAGGGGAACCAUCUCGCUCAUUUUCAGAUAACUCGGCCACGGCCGCCAUCUGCCCCUCCCCCGCGACGAUACGCUCGACCAUCUUCCCCGGAUCGACCUCGCCUCGCCGCCUCGUCGAUACGUCUCGUCGUUAGCACAGCUGCAGCCAGGUUCGCUCGCUCGCUCGCUCACGCAAUCACCGCCUCGGACGGACGCUCGGACGAAGCCACAGCGACCUGCACGCAACCGCCGCGGUCUCGCCGAUCUCAUCAGCUUGCUUGGAGCCCAGCACAAGACCGAAAAAGGAACCAGCGUCGAGACCUGCGUUGCUAGUGUCCUGCCUGACAUUCGACGGUCGCGUCUGGGUGCAGACCUGAGUCGGCUCCCAUCUGCUUUGUUUCUUUUCUUUUGGCCCACUGCCGCGUCUUUCCCACCAAAGGCGACGCCAGCAGACGGACGGACCUGCUGUUUCUGCUCCGACCACGGCAGUCUGGUCUGGUUGGCCGACUGGCCACGCUGUCGGCCAAGUUUUUACGGCAAACGCCUGCCGACAUUGUGGUGCCAUUGGGCGGCCGUCGCCCAGCAUACCCACGUCGUUAAACUGUUCUCAUUCAUGCGAGCGGCCGUCGUUCGAGGUCGCCUGAUCACGCAUAGCAGCGCGAAUCGUCUUGUCUGGCCCGACACUUUUGCCCUUCAUCAGCGUCUUUGUUCCGCUCGUGUGUUCAUGGACUCGAAAAAGGUUGACGCGUAGUUCCCCCGCUGCAAACAGCCCGCGUCUUCCGCGGCUGCUCCGCCGAAUACAUUGACAAACAGCCGUCUUCUCUUACACAAUGGCCACAGCGUUGCCUCGCCCUUCGCGGCCAUCAAACGGCCCACCAAGCAUGGCGCUGCCUGCACUGCCCGUCAGCAAGACCCGGAAGAGCACGGGCAACUUGAACGCUGCUGCCAACCCUUCCAAAUCCGCACCGACAACUCCACGAAGUGGGCUCCGAGCACCGUCCGGCGCCCUCGCACCUCCAUUGCCUAUCCCCAACUCGGCCCUGCCUCACCCGAGACCGUCUCCCGCCCUCAAUGCCGCUGGCAAGACUCUUAGAAAGACAGUCAGCAUCAACUCUUUCCCCCACCCGCCCAGAGGCGAUCACCGGUCGACUAGUAUGCCGCCUAGCCCGCUGGCAAACGAACAGGUCCGAUCACGCAAAGCCAAGUCACCCAGAGAGCUAUCCCACAGCCCCUUCUCGCCUACUACACCAAGCCUACUCAACGGGAGUGGAGAUGGCAAGUCAGUGAACAGCGUCCGAAUGUCGGACGGCCUGAUAAGCGUGUCCUCGCCACCUCAUAGCCGCAGCUCCUCGGCCCAGGAUUCAUACUCAACGUCUGCCACGACAUACGAGGAUUCGGGCGAGGCGGUACAGCACGCUGACUCGUCCAGGCCUGCCUCCAUGUCGGACAGGCGCUCUUCCAAGGGCGAGGGCAAGGGCAACGUCAUCGUGAGUGUGCGUGUGCGGCCUGACGCCAACACCGACCAGCAAAGUCCCGAGGGCGAAUGGAUGGUCGACGGUCGAAAGUCACUCAUCGCCUACCGAGGCAAAGAGGGCGGCGAUCAUUAUUAUGACAAUGUCUUUACGACGCACGAUAACAACUCGCGCGUUUACGACCACAUCGCGAAGCGGCUCGUCCGCCGCGUCAUGGAAGGCUACCACGGCACCGUCUUUGCCUACGGUAUGACGGGCACGGGAAAGACUUUCUCCAUGCAAGGAACGGCCUCCUCACCUGGUGUAAUCCCGUUGGCCAUUACCGACAUCUUCUCUUACAUCCGAGAGACGCCAUCCCGCGAGUUUUUGCUCCGCGUAAGCUAUCUGGAAAUUUAUAACGAGAAGAUUCACGACUUGUUGAGCAUGCCUACGGGGAGUGGGGUCGGAGGCGCCGUUCAACAGGACGAGAUCAAGCUGCGUGAAGACAGCAAGCGUGGCGUCUAUGCGACGCCGCUAAAGGAGGAGAUCGUUCAGAGCCCUACGCAGUUGUUGCGGGUAAUUGCCCGGGGCGACCAGGCCCGCCGGACGGCCAGCACGCAAUUCAACGCUCGCAGCUCUCGAAGCCACGCCGUCGUGCAGAUUGUCGUGGAGAGUCGCGAGCGUAUCCCGGGAGCCGGACCCGGUGGAGCUGAAGGCAAGCGAUCUGCCAUACUUCCUGGAGGAGUUCGAGUCUCGACUCUGAGCCUGAUAGACCUUGCUGGUUCGGAGAAGGCCGCAGAGUCCAAGGAGCGUCGGCAAGAAGGUGCUCAUAUCAACAAGAGCCUUCUUACGCUGGGCACUGUCAUCGCCAAACUCUCAGAGUGGAAAGACAAGGAAGCCAAAGGCGGCGACAAGGAGGGGAAGCAUCUGCCGUACCGUGACAGCAAACUGACGCGCCUGCUUCAGGGGGCGUUGUCUGGCAACUCGCUGGUCAGCAUCCUCUGCACAAUUCAGAUUGGUGCCGCUGGCAGCGCCGCCGCCGCAAACACACACACGACCGAAACACUGAACACACUCAAGUUUGCGUCGAGGGCCAAGAACAACAUUGUGAGCCACGCAAAGAGAGCCGAGGAAGCCCUCGGCGCCGGCGGCGAUGGUGGCGCCCGAGUGCUCUUGGAACGAUACCGGAUGGAGAUACUCGAGCUUCGCCAACAACUGGACACUCAGGCUAAGAAGAACAAGGAUACGGAAAAGGAGAAGGAGGACGAAGCCGAGAAGGUCCGUGAGCUGGAAAUGUCGGAACGACACGAGGAACAGAUGCUCGAAAUGCAACUCGCGAGAACGGCGCUGAAGGAGCGCAUUGACCAUCUGAACCGGCUCAUACUGAGCUCCAAGUCGAUUGGUGUCAACUCGAACGGAUCCAUGAGCUCGCUUGGUCAAUAUGCCAGAUUCUCCCAGCUGUCACUCCCCGGAUCUGUUCGAUCCUCGGUUGCCACGUCUAACGGUACAAAGCCUUUCCCUGAGCGAACAGCGUCCAUGACUUCGACCUCGUCCACUAUCGGGCGACGGUCUAGCGCCGGACAGAGACCGUGUGGCGCUGACGCGGAGGCUGCGGAAGGCGAGGAUGACAGUGUCGGAGAAUACGGCGACGGGACUGCCUCGCUGGCGGCGCAGAACCGUGCGCUGCAAGCCGACCUGGCGGACAAGAACCGAUAUAUUGCCACACUGGAAAAACGGCUUCUCCAGGCUCGGCGAGCGAGCUCCUCCCGAACGUCGGUUGGCUUCUCGGCACCAAAGGGAAUCAUGGUCGGCGAGGAUCACAGUGUCGCCGCCGCGCUAAAGGAGAAGGAUGCGGAGAUUGCGGACCUGCGUGAGAGACUGUACGACAAGGACAGGAUGUUGUCGGCUCUGCGCAGUGCGGCUCGGUCGCGGGACAAUGCUGAUGCAUCAGCCGAGGCACGAUCUCCCCCGUCACGACACGGUUGGCGUGGCAAGGGACCCGCGAGCCCGACCCCAUCGAAACCAGCCAAGGGACGCACCAAGAGCGUCGACGAGAUGAACCGGAUGCUCGAGGAGAUGAUUCAGGAUGGUGUCGAGACGGGACAUAUUGUAAAGAGCUCUCGUGGAAGCGUCCGACUACCGGCAGGCCACAAGACGGAUACCGCAGGCUCACCCGGAGAGCUUCAGCCACUGCGCCAAAGCCCCAUCCCGCCCGAGAGCGACAAGCUGGCCGCGGCCGAGGCUGCCUGAGGCCAAUCAGCUCGCCGUUAGCAGCGGUACUGUUUUAUGGCAGGCGAAGCGGCGGGUAGGCGAGGCGAGGAGGAUACAAGGAGUUUGGGAAUUAAGGCUGUUACCGGAAAUGCUUGCGCUAUACCCGAUUUCGUGUUUGUUUCUGUUGCCGUUUGGUGUCUUGGUAGACGCCUCUCUACUUUUCGGACGAGGGGAACCAGAGGCGCCCCCGAAACCUUUUUUUGGCUGGGUAGCUUUGGAGAGGAGGUACUUUGCUCAGGGCGGGACAGGAAGCCCUUUACGCUGUUGUUUACGUCUAUGAUGCAUGGCCGAUUCGAGGAGGAACUUUUACGCUCCUUAGGAGUUGACCGAAGUGAGGAGAUGGCAUCUUUAUGUACUGAAUACGAGACGGCUGGAGUGAGAGGCCAGGCCCUCUUAAUGGAGCACGGCCACGAGGCUGGAGGCCUAGCAACGAUGACGGCGAUGCUUGUGAUGUUUUGAGGAUUCAGGCACGGGUGCUUGCGAAAGGUUUAUAUUGCAAUGCGCUUGCCCGUGCGCACGCAACAGGUACUGUCGAUAUUGGGCGCGGCGCGUUUCGAAAGCUCAAUGACGCUGGUUCACUCGGUU